AUGGAGAAAAUUAUUUCUAUGAUUUUGUUGGCAAUGGUUGUAUUUGUUUUGAAUGAUGGAGUAUAUGGUACAGCUAAUGAUAGAGAAACUCUUUCUGAGAUUGAUAGGAGGUUGAAGCUUCUCAACAAACCUGCAGUGAAGAGUAUUAAGAGUGAAGAUGGAGAUAUAAUUGACUGUGUUGACAUCUAUAAACAACCUGCUUUCGAUCAUCCAGCUUUGAGGAACCACACUCUUCAGUUGACACCGAGUAUUGAUCUACCAACUGAGAAGGUGGAUAAAAUAAAUGAAUCUGGUUGGCCAGUGGUAAUUCAAACUUGGCAGAAGAAUGGAACUUGUCCAAAGGGAACUGUUCCCAUUCGCAUUCUAGUUACAGUUGGAUACAACUAUUUAGGAGCUCAAGGAGAUAUUAACGUUUGGAAUCCUAAUGUUGAUUUGGAAGACGAUUAUACUACUGCUCAAAUUUGGCUUAAAGGUGGCCCUGGUGACCGUCUCGAAAGUGUCGAGUCAGGAUGGAUGGUAAAUCCCAAGCUAUACGGUGAUAAACGCACACGAUUUUUCACAUACUGGACUGCUGACGGUUACGAGACAACAGGUUGUUUCGACCUCACUUGCACUGGGUUUGUGCAAACAGACUCCGAAGUAGCCCUUGGUGCGAGCAUUGAUCCCAUAUCCAGUAGGGGUGGUCCGCAGUAUCAAAUCACUAUUGGCAUAACCCUGGAUCCGAACUUAGGUAAUUGGUGGUUAAAGUACAACAAUAAAGUUGUUGGGUAUUGGCCAGCAAAUCUGUUCAGUCUCUUAAAGCAUAAUGCAAUUUUAGUGGAAUGGGGAGGACAAGUGUUUAGCCCGAGUGUGAAGAAAACUCCGCACACAAAAACUGCUAUGGGAAGUGGAGAAAUGGCAAAUGCUCUUUUGGGUAAUGCAUGCUUUAUCAAGAAUGUAAGAAUUAUAGACAAUUCUCUUCAACUGAAGUACCCUGAAUGGGUAGCCACUUGGGGUGAUGAAUAUUACUGCUACAAUGUAUUUAAUGACGUCAAAGACUAUAGAGAUGGACCUAUAUUUUUCUUUGGAGGGCAGCCUGGAAGUAAUCUAUACUGUCUUUGA